CUUGAUGAUGGCUUGCAGAGGCAAAGCAACACCCCGCGUGCCCCUCAUUGCAUCAUCCCGAGAACCGCCCGUUUCUCGCAUGCGCAACACCAUGGACGUAAUUGCGCCGCAGAUAUCCUCUUCAAAUGCGAAUAUGCCCAUUGGCUAUGCUCAAAAAGGUAACCUUGCUGUCCUCGCAUGGGCGCUAGCUUAAAGACACGGCCGUAGCCACUUACGCGGGACGAUGUACUGUCGCGUUUUGCUCCAUCGUCUAUCUAGAAGCACCCACUCGCUGAAUUAUUAAGCCACGCUACUUUCUGAUCCCGCAAACUGAGACCUUUCUAAGUUGGCGGAUACACGGAAUAAUAAAAGCAACAACUCAGUCAAACUCAAUCCUUCGACAGCAAAAUCUCGCCCUCCGGCAUCGGCAUCCGGGAGCCUCGUUUCACCUUUCUGUGCACCUGAGUCCAUCCGCAGCACCAUGGCAUCUCUCACGAGCGGGGCUUACCCGCCCAACCUCAGGGCCGAGGAACGAGAGGCCCUCAUUGAGACGGUCAAGGACUGGUCGAUAGGCAAUGGCCUCGCAGUCCGGCCGCCGCCCACCGUCAUUGCCGCCGAGGCUGAUCCCAAGGCUAUUUCCGCCAUCAAUAUUCCUGUAACGCUCUUCCCUAGCCCGUUCCCGCGCCAGUGCUUCGCGCAAGCAAAGUCUGUGCAGAAGACUUACAACGAGCUGUAUGCUGCUGUGAGCCGGGAUGAGCAGUUCCUGGCCCAGGUUGUCAAGGAGGUCGAAGGUGGUGAUGACUUCAUUCGCAAUCUCUGGAAUGUCCACCAAAAGGUCAAGGCUGAGGGAUAUACUCAGCCCCUGUCUCUGGGCCUGUUUCGAUCCGACUACAUGGUCCACCAGGAUACCUCGACCUCAACUCCCUCUCUGCAGGUGAAGCAGGUUGAGUUCAACACUAUCGCGGCCUCCUUCGGCGGCUUGUCGACUUACACAUCUCUACUACACAAAUAUCUUGCCAAGACGGAAUAUCCGCUCCUCGACAGCUCCAUUGCCGAGGACGCCCUGGAUCUUCCUGAAAAUACGACUGCGCAAGGCUUGGCCGCUGGCAUCGAGUCAGCCUACCAUGCGUACCCCAAGUCCGAGCUUGGGCAUCAAAAGGCCGUCAUUUUUCUGGUCCAGGGAGGCGAAAGGAAUGUUUUCGACCAGCGUCAUCUGGAGUACCAAAUCGCCAAGGCAUCACCGUCCAUCCCAGUCUUCCGCCUGCCUUACGCGGAUGUUCUGAAGCACACCACCCUCGCAGACACCUCCAAGCGCCAGCUCCUCUACCACCUUCCUCGAAACCCAUCCAAGGUUUACGAAGUUGCCGUGAUUUACAUGCGGUCGGGCUACGACCCCAGUGACUACCCCGGCCAAGAAGCCUGGAACGCCCGAUACCACCUAGAACGUUCUCAUGCGAUCAAGUGUCCCAGUAUCUUGACGCAGCUCGCCGGGACAAAGAAAGUGCAGCAGAUCCUUACCACGCCCAAGUCGUCUUCUGCCCCCUCAGCCCUGAGCAAGUUUAUCAAAGACGAUACCGAGGAUGCGGCCGAGCUCUGGCGUUCGUUCACCAACAUCUACCCGAUGGACACGAGCGAAGCAGGACUGGAGGCUCGAAAGAAGGCUCUGGACCCCCAGCUCUGCCAAGCAUAUGUGCUUAAGCCACAGCGCGAGGGAGGUGGUAACAACAUCUACCGAGGCGCAAUUCCUGCCUUUCUCAAGUCGGUCCCCGAGGCGCAUUGGGGCUCGUACAUCCUCAUGGAGCUCAUCACUCCUCCCCCAGUCCAAAAUAUUAUCCUCCGCAAUGGCAACCUAGAACAAGGUGGUGUUAUUUGCGAGCUCGGCGUCUACGGCACUUGCCUCUGGGACCAGAACACUGGGGAGGUCCGUCGCAACGAGGAGGCGGGUUUCUUGUUGCGCACCAAGGGCGACAAGAGCGAAGAGGGAGGCGUCGCAGCUGGGUUCGGCUGCAUGGACAGUUGCACUCUGGUAUAAAGAGAUCGCUAAGCGACACAAGUUUGUCCAGCAAAAAGAGGAAUAAACUAGAUCCCACUGCCGGCGAGUUAAUUUGCGCAUAUAGCGUGCCUGUGUGCAGCGUUGAUAUUGGCCAUGGGCUUGAAAUCCCAGCAAGUUAGUGGGCAUUCACUCAGACCGUCAAGCUGUGCUCGAGCCAUGGGAUUGAAUAGAGCA